AUGGACUGCUGCAUCUGCGGCCCCAUGGCCGCCAUCUACAGGCCUCCGAGGAACACCAUAUGCUCCCCGUGCUACGAAGGCUCCAAGGCCAUCAUCGCCUUCCUCAACGACGGCGAUCACGCCGCCGGUGACGGCCAGGACGAGCGUGGCUUGGUGACCCCCCGCGGAUUGAUCAAGCACAGAGACAGCUCCACCAAGGGGAUGAGAGAAGCAUGGGAGCAGAUGAAGGAGAUGAGAGACAGGGAGGAGGCGGCGAACCAGCGGGCUGGGUUCCUCGAGCAGGGCUUCGGGGCGGCCUGGGUGGAGGGAGCCCACACCGACAUAGUCGUCAAACCAGGAAAUGGGCCGCCGAUCCCGGCCCACAAGGCCAUCCUGGCGGCGAGGUCGGAGGUGUUCCAGCACAUGCUGUGCUCCGACGAGUGCAAGGCGGCCCCCGCCGGCGGCUGCGUCUCCCUCCCGGAGCUAGCCCACGACGAGCUCUCCCUCUUCCUGGCCUUCUUAUACACCGGGACCCUCGACGCGGCUGCGGCGGCGACGGCGACAUCGGCGUCGGAGCGACGGCUGCACGCGCUCCUGGUUGCGGCAGACAAGUACGACGUGCCGUUCCUGGGGCGGGCGUGUGAGGCGCGGCUGGUUGCGGCGAUGGAUCCUGGGAAUGCGUUGCGGACGCUGGAGGUGGCCGAUCGUGUCAGCUCGGGCGGCGCGCUGAAGGAGCGCGCCAUGGGCACGGUGGUGGAGCACGCGGAGCAGGUGGUGUUCUCCGACGAGUACCACGACUUCGCCGUCAGGAACGCCGGCUUGUGCGUCGAGAUCACCAGGGCGCUGCUCGCCAAGGCCGCCGGCGCCAAGAAGGCGUGA